GUGAACAGUCUUUCGCCAGAAGCUCGAGAUGUUUACGAGAAACUGGAACGUUUGAAGACUGAACGAGCAAAACUCAUCGAAGAAAUGAAUGAUGAUGUACGAAAAGAGCUACGCGAUUUGUACCGAAAACCCAAGAGCAAGAAAAACCGUAAAUCCUGA